AUGCUCUCUUUCAACUUGAACGUCCUCGUCACUCUGACAACUCUUUCGGCCUGGGGCAAUGCCUAUACAAUGACCCAUUACACCGGCAUACAAUGUCGUGGUGGAGGACUCGGCAAAGCAGAUGUUAAUCCCACUUCUGGCUGUCAACGAGGCUUUGCUGGAAAUGCCGCAUCAGUCGUAGUCAGGGCUGCCGACAACGACAAGGACUUUGGAAACGCAGUCGUCUUUUUUAGCGGCUCUGACUGCAAUCCUAAAGAUAUUAUGAACAACGGCGACGGGUUCAGCGACGAUGGUUGCUUUACUGCCAACUAUGGCAGUUAUGAAGUCUGGGAGUUGUGGAAGGUUUAG